AUGGUUCUAAAAAUCAUGUCAAGUUUCAAAAUGGAGAGUAGUGAAAUCAAUGCAAAUGAUGCAUUCAAAAUAGGUAAAGGUUAUAAUGAAAUGUUACCAUUCCCAACAGCCAUAAAUGAAAAUCCAAAAGAUCAAACUUCAAAACUUUCAUUAACAGAAAAAUUAAAGAAUUGGUCAAUCCAAGGGUUUGAGCAUCAUAAUAUCAGAGAUGAGUUAAAUAGGAUUAUGUCAGAUAAGAGUCUUUUUCAUGGGGAUGUUAAUUUAGGAAAAGAAGAGCAAAGAGUACAAACUUUAAAACAAUUAUUAGCAAUUGCCCAAGGUAUCUUUGAUAAAGGUUUAGUUCAAAUUACAGAUCUCCGUGAAGAUCCAAGCAAAAUCUUAGCAAUGAUGGAUAUUGUUUCUCAAUUUGACGAUGAUAGUUUAAUGACAAAAUUAAUUGUAAAUAAUUUCUUAUUUGGUGCAGCAGUUUUUAACUUGGGUACUGAAAGACAUCAUAAAUUACUUCCAGAAAUUCAAAGUGGUAGAUUAUUAGGUUGUUUCGCAAUGACAGAGUUGGGCCAUGGUAGUAAUGUUAGAUCUUUGGAAACCACUGCAACCUAUGACCCAAAGACCAACGAAUUUAUUAUUAAUACACCACUUAGAACAUCGACUAAAUGGUGGAUUGGUAAUGCUGGCCAUGCUACUAUUUCAUCAGUUUUUGCAAGAUUAAUCAUUGAUGGUAAAGAUCAAGAGGUCCAUUGUUUCCUUGUACCCAUUAGAAAGAGCAACGGUAUUGAUCUUUUACCAGGUAUAAGGAUUGGUGAUGUUGGUGCCAAGUUUGGUUUAAAUGGUGUAGAUAAUGGUUGGAUCCAAUUUGAAAAUGUAAGAAUUCCAGCAACCAAUUUAUUAGAUAGAUUUGGAUCAGUUGAAGGUGGUGUUUAUAGUUCUCCAAUUAAGAGUCCAUCACGUCGUUUCGCAAAUAUUUUAGCUCAAAUGAUUACUGGUAGAAUCACAAUUUCAUUUGGUACUACACGUACAUUAAAAUCCGGUUUAAUUAUUGCCACCAGAUAUGCAUCUAAACGUUUACAGUUUGGACCAACAAGCACCGGACCAGAAAUACCUAUCUUAAGUUAUCCAACACAUCAACUUACUAUAAUGCCAAUGAUUGCAAGUGCCUAUGCAUUUGAUGCAAUUAAAGUUUAUCUAGGUAGACGUUUCCAAGAAAGAACUGAUGAAGCAGAGAUUCAUGUUUUAGCAUCAGGUUUAAAGGCAAUGAUUUCACAAUACACAACCGUAUCUUUAAUGGAGUUGAGAAGACUUUGUGGUGGUCAUGGUUAUGGUAGUUACUCUAGAUAUGGCCGUCUUAUUGCAACUGUAGAUGUCGGUAGAACUUUUGAAGGUGACAACACUCUUUUACUUCAACAAGUUGCUAAAGAUCUUUUAACCCAAUUCAAAAAAGAAUACAGUGGUAACAAAUUUACCGGUACCUUAAAAUAUUUAGGAAAGAAUACUAGUCUUCUUAUCAGUGGUAUGAAUCCUCUUACCACAAUGCGUAGUGAUGAUGCUCAUCUUCUUUCAUUCCAAUUCCUUCUCGAUUCAAUGGAGUUUAGAUCCUCAAAACUUUUAAUUCAAUCAGCUCAAACCGUUUCUAAAAACUAUAAACAAACCAAAGAUUCAUUUGCUGCAUGGAACCAAUCAUUAGAAAUUUUAAUUCAUUUGGCCAAAGCCCACACCGAAACUGUCAUUGUCACCAAAUUUAUUGAAUCUAUCAACAAAGAAAAAGAUAUUGAAGUAAGAUCAACUUUAAAGAAACUUUGUCAAUUAUAUGGUUUAUAUAUUAUUAGACAAGAUUUUGAAUUCUUUAGAAAUAGCAACUACUUAAAGAAGGGCAAAGCAAAGGCUAUUAUUAAAUUAGUUGGUCAGUUAUGUUCAGAAUUAUCACAAAACGCACUUGUACUCGUUAAAGGUUUUGGCAAUGAAGAACAUUUGAUGGAGUCCCCAUUGGGUAUGGAAGAUGGUGAUUUAUAUGAAAAUAUUUGUAAACAAGUUGGUGGUAAUUUCACUAGAAAUAAUUAUCUUAAUUCUAAAUUAUAA